AUGGGGCAGCGUUCACAUGCGUGCUCGAUGACAGAACUGCUACCAACUCAGGACGUCGAUGAAGUCAAUCAUAUUUCUGCUGAAGUAACUGACGAUUCUUCAGUAUGGGGUCGACUUUUUCCUCUCCAGAAAAAGCUCCCUUUCAUAGAGCUCAAGGACGAGACGUAUACGUUUGGUCGUGGAGAAGACUGCAGUUUUACAUUUUGUUCCUCCAUGUUCGAUGACCCGAAUCAGCUUGCUACAUUCAGCAAGCAUCACUUCAAGGAGACUAGCUAUCAGGGAAAACUCAUGUUCAUACAGGAUUUAAGCAGUAACGGUACCUUUGUGAACGGAACUAAGAUUGGUCGUGGGAAAAAGCAACCAUUAAAUAACAAUGAUGAAAUAUCCCUCUCUUUGAAGCACCUUAAAUGCUUUAUUUUCUGUGAUUCGAACUCCGAAGAGAACUUGUUUCCUCCUGAAGUCACUUCGCGGUACACAAUCUCGAAGCUACUUGGCAGGGGUGCAUGUGGUGAGGUGCGGUUGGUAUUCGAAAGAGGAUCCUGUGAGAAGCGUGCAAUGAAAAUUGUUCAGAAGAAAACGUUUUCAAUAACAGCAAAACUUGGAAACGGUGUUCUUAGCCGGAUUAAAUCAGAGGUGGACAUUCUAAUGAAGCUUGCACAUCCUUGUAUCAUAUACAUCUAUGAUGUUAUUGACACGGAUGAAGCAUUGUAUAUGAUCCUGGAACUAGUCGAAGGCGGUGAAUUAUUUGAUCGCAUUGUUCAACUUGGCCAACUGUCCGAACAAGACGCCAAAUUUUUGUUCCUCCAGAUGGCUAUUGCUGUUGGAUAUCUUCAUGAACACGGCAUCACCCAUCGCGACCUUAAGCCAGAGAACAUCCUUUUGACAAACAACCAAAAUAGGUGCUUAAUCAAAGUGACGGAUUUUGGUUUGUCCAAAUUGGUGGAUGGAAACACCAUGUUGCGCACAUUUUGCGGAACUCCGACCUACCUUGCUCCGGAAGUUCUCCGUACUGCCGGUUCUGGUACCUAUACAUCAGCCAUUGAUGUAUGGUCUCUUGGAGUUAUUCUCCUUGUGGGUUAUCCACCGUUCACCGAAGAGCGCAAGGACCAUGACCUCCAAACUCAGAUUGUCCAAGGAUUAUAUGACUUCCCGGAUAUCUAUUGGAAGGCGAUUAGCGAAGAGGCCAAAGACCUUGUUCGAAAAAUGCUCACCGUUGAACCCUCCGAAAGGCUAACAAUUCAAGAUGUUAUCCAACAUGCCUGGUUUGACGAUGUGGCUAUCAAAACGGAUGUGCGUGAGUUGCUCAAUAAGGCACAAACUACCGGUCUAGCAAUGGGUCGCUCCGAGGCACUUACUAAGCUGCCUGCUGUGUUUACCGAAGAUAAAGCGCCUGUUGGAAAUCCGGUUGUAAAUGGCUCUCUGCCGCAGUCAAACAGCUCCCUAUCUAAGGCUCCCAGUCAGGACGAUGAUACCGUUUUACACGACAAGUCGCUUGCUCGGAAACGACCCGCAGAUGAAGACUCUCCUAUCCUUACGAAGCGUGUGACUGCAUGAUUUUUCAUACUGUGUUCGAUUCGUACGAAUCUGCUCUGGAUACCUUUGGAAUUUGUUGCUGCGCUAUGAGCACUUGAAUUUUUACCUUCAAUCUGUUUUAACGACCUAAGCAUUUUUGUCUUUGAUGGAUACAAGUUUUUGUCUUUUCCAGUGAUCUUACCAGAUAAUUACGUAUUUU